GCGUCAAAAAGGCUUUCGUUCUUUCUCCACUUCCUCUCUUCAUUCCACCUUUUAAACGGUUUGAUUAGACUAGGACGAUUUCCUCGACGACGACGAUCAUGACGGCUGCGUCGCAGAAAGCAACGACAGUCAUAGAACAAAAGCCUGUGGUCAUUCCCGACCUCACGAUUAAGGACUUGUUGGGGGCAAUUCCUGCUCAUUGUUUCAAGCGCUCUGCUUUCAGGUCUUCGCUCUAUAUCGCAUGGGACUUGAUUGUCAUUGGAGGCAUUUACAAGGCUGCUACGUUCCUUGAUGCAUUCAUAUCUCCCGAGUUCGUGAGUCUCCCCAGCCCUUACCUGUACUCCCUCGCUCGGGUUGGCCUGUGGUCGCUGUACGGCUUCUCCACUGGACUUUUUGCUACCGGUCUAUGGGUCAUCGCUCAUGAAUGUGGUCACCAAGCCUUCUCCGAGUCGAAGUUCAUUAACAACAGCGUUGGUUGGGUUCUUCAUUCUGCGCUUGGGGUUCCUUAUCAUUCAUGGCGCAUUACACACGCCAAACACCAUGCGUCUACGGCUCAUAUGACUCAAGAUCAGGUCUUCGUGCCUAAAACUCGGUCACAACUCGGCCUUCCUGCUUUCAACCCCACUAAGGAAGACAUUCUUGGUGGUAGUAUUAGCAACGAAGUUAUGAAAGAGCUUUGGGACGCGCUGGGUGACUCGCCUAUUGGGGCAACUCUUGGUUGUGCUUCAUAUUUGCUUGGGGGUUGGCCGGCGUACUUGAUAAGAAAUGCUUCUGGACAAAAGAGAUACCCUUCAGGAUCCAAUCACUUCAAUCCUUCGGCUAUUAUGUUUGCUCCUCAUCAAUUCGAGGCUGUCGUCUUGUCCGAUAUUGGUAUUGUGCUAUGGUUAGCUGCCGUUAUCGGCUCUAUAUAUGUGCAUGGCUUCGCGACUGUGUUCCGUCUAUAUAUCGUGCCAUACUUCUGGGUUAACCAUUGGCUUGUCUUGAUCACCUUCCUGCAGCACACCGACCCCCUUCUCCCGCAUUACCGUCCCCCCGAAUUCACCUUUCCCCGUGGUGCUCUUGCUACUCUUGACCGUAACCUCUUAGGUGGUUGCGGAUCAAUCAUGGGUUGGUUCGGUGCACAUGCUACUCAUGGUAUCUCCGAAACACACGUUCUUCACCAUGUUUCUAGUAAGAUUCCUCAUUAUAAUGCAUGGGAGGCUACGGAUGCGUUACGCAAGAGACUUCAACAAUCUGGUAUUAAAUUGCAGGGUGCUCCUGGUGGUUGGCAAGAAGUUUAUCGAGUUUUCAGGCAGUGUAAAUUCGUGGAAGAUGAAGGCAAUGUCUUAUUUUAUAAGAAUGCUCAAGGUCUUGCAGCUAGUCGCCCUCUCUUCCCUGAUGGCAACGCCAGCGACUCUGGUGUCGAAGUAGAUAAAAACUAAGUGUCACCUAGCAUUUUCAUGCUCGGUAGUUUGGUUUCAAGGUACUAUUAGAAUUGGUCGUUGAAUCGAUAUAUCCUUGGUACGGUCGACAACAGGGGCAGACAAAGUAGCAUCACAUUUAAUUUAGAUUGUUCGGAACGGUGUUUUAAGGCCGAUUUUUAGGAUUCAUAGUGGUAACGAGACCUGGUUAUUAAUGCUCUUCUUCUCACGUAUACAUGUAUGCAUCGCAAAUUAUCGCAAAUGAAAAGAAAUUGACGAGUUACGUUGACUUGUGUGAAACAAUGAAAAUUUCUCAUUCCUUGUUAUCUGCGUUCAUCGAGUUGUGUACUUCUUGCUGCCAUAGCUGGGCAAACUCGUCGAUACCCCGUCCAUUACUCAGACUAAUGGCUUCGAAGGGUACCAUAUUAUGUUGGUUAGCUGGUGCGUUCCGCAUUGCCGCAGGGUGAGUGGCUGAGUCAACAACACGAAGUUGUGGGCGAUUGCUGCUCCCUAACUGAGAAUUUUGGGCGGUGACGAAUAAGGAAUUCAGCUCUUCAUAGGUGAAUAAAAGUGGAUCCGUGCGUGGAGCAUAAGGGUUGAAAUCGAGGAUAUGGCCUCUGGACAGAUCGCGGGUGAGGAGUAUGUCAAAGACGUCUACCCGCCGAUGUGGUUUUGAGUGGGCAAACAUAUAUACAAAGGAGCAGGGGGAUGAAUUGCACGAGAGAGAAAGGAUUACAGGAGGACGCACAAUCUGGACCGCCUAUCCAUUUAUCUGAGAUAUUCUCCUCCCAAAACCGGUAGAUAGU